AUCGCUUCGAUCGCGCAUUAUGAUAUAAGAUCGCCACAGGUGAUCGAAGGAGAUCAAAUUCAUUGAACGCGCGCACACGAGAAUGACCUCCUACGCGACCUUCCAGCAGUACGACCUCCUGGACUCCGAGGGUUACGGGUCCGCGAGCAGCCCGGAGUCGAACCCGCGCAGUAACUGGCACCACCAGGAGAUCUACCCGCAGCCGCCGCGUUCCAGGGGCAGCAGCUGCGGCAGUGUCAGCUCCGUGGACAGUCACCAGCAGCAAGAGUACCAGGAAAUUGGCGGUGCCCCCAAUGGCAGUCUGCAUGUGACCGCGGGCUUUAAUUUCGCCGAUUUCUACGAGGGUUACUAUCAGGAAGGCUGCCGCGGUAACGAGCAUCAGCCGUUGAACGGCAACGGCGCCAAGAGCGUCAAGGACCACCACUCCAAGGUCAUCUUCAGAAUGAACGACCAGUGCGUGAACUAUGGCGACGUUCCGUCUAGAAUGGGCUUCAACGAAGGCGCCGCGAGCAAGCAGGAUCCGACGGGAUACGCUCCGAAGAUGGAGCAUCAUCAUCCCGUUGGUGUCUUCGCUAAUUCCCGAGCCGAUUACACUCAGAGCCAGGAGGCUGUCUUUGCGACGAAGAGUUAUGCGAAAAAUAGCGGCUUCAUGUCGCGGAACGAGGGUCACCCUUACGCACAGCGAACGGAUGUGCUUUACUUGGGCGCCACAUACACCGUGCAGAGGAACGAUGUCGGUCUGACGACGAACGGCCAGCAGAUCAAGUGCGAUCAAUCGCGAUAUCAUCAGCGGAACGACGGGCUCCACGUUCUGCCGGCGGACUAUGCCGGCCAGAAGUCCAAGGACGCGAUGCAAAAGAUGAAGAACAGUGCGCCUGGUAUCGAGGUGCUGAGGAAGAGGAGACUAGCGGCGAACGCCAGAGAAAGGAGGCGGAUGAACAGCUUGAACGACGCUUUCGACAGACUGCGGGACGUCGUGCCCAGCCUCGGUAACGACCGGAAGCUCAGUAAGUUCGAGACGCUACAAAUGGCGCAAACCUAUAUCGCCGCGCUCUACGAGCUGCUACAGCGCGAAUGAACGUCCGGCUCGGACUCUCCUCUGGAAAAGAGAACGAACAUCAUCGACGUCGCAUCUCUGGAUGCGAGUCACCGCGAUAACUUAGAGUCUCCUCGCAGGAGAUCGCGGAAUAUAUAACGGCGUGGGAGCCGUUGCGAGUUUCGAGAAGGGCCCGGGGAACGAAGAAGAAACUCGAGGAUUUUCGUGAUCCUGAAUCUUUCCGGAAAGCUCCAGUCGAGAAACCGCAACGAAGGCUGAAGUCGUCAAGGUCGAUCUCUCAUCCGCGUGAGACUCUGAUUUCACGAUGAAACGAAUGCCGGACUAACGUGGAUUUCCUAGCGACUUUGGGGGAGACGUGGAUUGAGAGAUCGCCGCGCACAAUUCCUUGGCGGGAACAAGGCGCGUCCUGCCUCCGACAGACAACGUCCGCAGGUAAUGACGAAUUGUCGGGAUACCGAGAACGAGACAGCUUGUCAGCUGAGGUGAAUUAACGAGCGAACUGGGAAUCGAGACUUUAUUAACUAAACGAGUCACUCUCGGCCUCUCGGCUCGCAUGGCACAUAAAUGAAAAGCGUAAUAUCGAUGACGUUAUCGGCCAAGGCUUUCUGGAUCUUUCGUUACGGCCUUGAUUGAUCUGUUGAAAAAAGCGAAUCCGUUGAAGAUUCGCGCGUUAUUAUU